CUGCCUGCCUCCCCCAGGGGACUGUCCUUCCUUCCUUCCUCCUCCGUGGCUUUCCUCCCGGGAUGGCUCUGCUGGGGGAGCCCCUCUUCCAGGGGGGGGUCUCGCCCCUUCUCCUAGGCUCCUCUCUCUCUCUCUCUUUCUCUCUCCUUUUCUCUUUCUGCCGCGGAGGACAGCGCCCCAGGAGCUGAUAUCAAAUCUGUCCUCCUGGAUUUCAUAAAGCAUUCUUCUGGAGAGAAAGGCUGCUAAAUAUAAACUUGAGAAGAUCUGAUAUAAAAAGUCCCACCUGUGCCUCUGGGAAGAUAUGAUCCUGAGAAGAAAGAUGCCGUUUCUCCUAGCAUUAAGCUUACUGGCAAUACCACAGCCUGGGCAUGGGGCCCUUCACUUGAACAUUACAGAAGGCUGCAAACUUAUAUUUCCUCCUUGGGAUGGUGGAAUCCGUUAUCGAGGCUUGACCCGCGAACAAGUGAAGACUGCCCGCUUCCUGCCUUUUGACUAUGAGAUUGAAUAUGUCUGCCGGCCUGAACGUGAGAUCGUGGGGCCCAAAGUGCGCAAGUGCCUGCCCAAUGGGACAUGGACAGACAGUGAUGUGGAGAGCCGCUGUUUACGCACCUGUCCCAAGAUGCAUCUGAGUCUGGAGAAUGGGCAAGUACAUGUCCGGGGAAUUGAACGGGUGCCUGUGGAAGGCACUUGGGUGGAAUAUCGCUGCAAUCCUGGCUUUCAUCUAGUGGGUAGCCCCCGCAGCAACUGCACCAAGGUGGGCCGCUGGAGUUCUGCCAAGCCGAUCUGUGAAUUGUGGCGUCCUCCUGUUUCCAGGUCUGGAUCAGGGAAGAAGCGGCUGCACAUCGGGGCCCUCUUCCCCAUGACCGGCGGCUGGCCUGGGGGACAAGCCUGCCUGCCCUCCGCCCAGAUGGCCCUCGACGACGUCAACAGCCGCAGGGACAUCCUCCCCGACUACGAGCUCCGGCUCGACCACCGAGACAGCGAGUGUGAACCUGGCGUGGCCACCAAAUUCCUCUAUGAACUCCUCUACAAUGACCCCAUCAAGAUCAUCCUUAUGCCAGGGUGCAGCAGUGUUUCCACUCUGGUGGCUGAGGCAGCACGCAUGUGGAACCUCAUUGUGCUAUCCUAUGGCUCCAGCUCUCCAGCACUAUCCAACCGUCAGCGUUUCCCCACAUUCUUCCGCACACACCCGUCUGCCACGCUGCACAACCCCACCCGUGUGCAGCUCUUUAAGAAGUGGGGGUGGAAGAAGAUUGCCACCAUACAGCAGACUACAGAGGUGUUCACCUCGACUUUGGAUGACCUGGAGGAGCGUGUCAAAGAGGCUGAUAUUGAGAUCACCUUCCGCCAAAGCUUCUUCUCCGAUCCUGCUGUGCCUGUCAAGAAUCUCAAGCGGCAGGAUGCUCGCAUCAUUGUUGGGCUCUUUUAUGAGACGGAGGCACGGAAAGUCUUCUGUGAAGUCUACAAGGAGCGUUUAUUUGGGAAGAAGUAUGUCUGGUUCCUAAUUGGCUGGUAUGCUGACAAUUGGUUCCGAAUCAAGGAUGCAAAUAUUAACUGCACAGAGGAGGAGAUGAGAGAGGCAGUGGAAGGGCACUUCACCACCGAGAUCGUCAUGCUGAACCCGGAGAACACACGCAGCAUUUCCAAUAUGACAUCACAAGAGUUCAUUGAUAAGCUGACAAAACGUGUAGAAAAAUCUCCAGAAGAAACAGGUGGUUUCCAGGAGGCCCCACUGGCUUAUGAUGCCAUCUGGGCACUGGCUCUUGCACUUAACAAGACCUCAACUGAACUGGUGAAAAAGGGACUGCGCCUUGAAGACUUCAAUUACAAUAACCGGACUAUUACAGAUGAGAUCUACCGGGCACUCAACUCUUCAGCUUUUGAAGGCAUCUCGGGCCAUGUAGUUUUUGAUGCCAGUGGCUCUCGUAUGGCCUGGACUCUCAUUGAGCAACUUCAGGAGGGCAUCUAUAAGAAGAUUGGGUAUUAUGACAGCACCAAGGAUAACCUCUCCUGGUAUGGCAAUGAAAAAUGGAUCGGGGGUUCCCCACCAGCUGACUACACCAAGAUCAUCACUACCUUCCGGUACCUCUCCCAGAAGCUUUACAUUUCCGUUUCGGUGCUAUCCAGCAUAGGUAUUUUAUUGGCCAUCAUCUGUCUGGCCUUCAACAUCUACAAUGGGCAUGUCAGAUACAUCCAGAACUCACAGCCAUACCUCAACAAUAUGACAGCUGUGGGUUGCGCCCUGGCACAGGCGUCUGUCUUCCCACUUGGGCUGGAUGGUCUUCACAUCAGCAAAGAGCUCUUCCCUUUUGUUUGCCAGGCUCGGCUAUGGCUCCUGGGUUUGGGUUUUAGCUUGGGCUAUGGCAGCAUGUUCACCAAAAUCUGGUGGGUGCACACCGUUUUCACCAAGAAGGAAGAGAAGAAAGAACGACGGAAGACUCUGGAACCCUGGAAGCUCUAUGCUACAGUUGGGUUGCUUGUUGGGCUUGAUUUUGUCAUUUUGGCCAUCUGGCAAAUAGUCAGCCCACUGAAGCGUACCACUGAGGAAUUCACCAAAGAAGACCCCAAAAGUGACAUUGAUGUGCAGAUUUUACCCAAAUUGGAACACUGCAGUUCUGAAAAGAUGAACACUUGGCUAGGUAUCUUCUAUGGCUUCAAGGGACUUCUGCUGCUUCUGGGCAUCUUCCUUGCCUAUGAGACGAAGGGUGUCUCAACAGAGAAGAUCAAUGACCACCGAGCCGUGGGCAUGGCAAUCUACAACGUGGCUGUGAGUGGCUUAUCUCUAAAAGGUUCAGACCAAGCAUUGCCUUGACUGUUACAUGCAUUG